GCUUCAUCAAACCCCCAACACCUCUCCCAUCUACCACCCCUUAGAAUCGCCAUUGUCCGCCCUCGCAAUGGCUUCUAACGCCGACUUCAAAGACCGGCAGUUCCUCGCCGUCAUCGGCGACGAGGACUCUGUAACGGGCCUCUUGCUCGCGGGCAUCGGCCACAUCACCGCCGGCGCCGAUGCGCAGAAAAACUUCCUUGUCGUCGACAGCAAGACAGAGACCGCAGCCAUCGAAUCUGCCUUUGAGAGCUUUACCGAGAGAAAAGACAUUGGAAUCGUCUUGAUCAACCAACAUGUUGCCGACCGGAUACGACACCGAGUCGAUACCCACACCGCUGCCUUCCCCACGGUCCUCGAGAUUCCAAGCAAAGAUCAUCCUUAUGAUCCCGAGAAGGACAGUGUUCUGAGACGGGUGCGUCGUCUGUUUGGAGAGUGAACGUUUCAUCUUGUACGCAGAGCCAUAUUAUUAGAAGAGAUGGGGAAGUGUGCGGAGCGUCAAUGGAGGACCCCAAUGCCACAUGACGAGUAUAUAAUAUCAAUACGAUCAUCAAGAGCCAAGUGUAUACUGGUUUAUCAGGAUUAUUACG